AUGAAAGCUGACCACAAGCUUUUGACUUCAAGCAUUCAGUCAUCAUCCAUGGCUGAAAGCGGAUCGCCGUGCAAUCUAGGGUUCCGAUUGGAUAUAAAUCAGAUCUUGUCAGAAGCCCAACAUCGCUGGUUAAGGCCUGCUGAAAUAGCUGAAAUACUAAGAAACUAUCAAAAGUUUCAUAUUUCUCCUGAGGCUCCAAAUAAGCCAGUCAGUGGUUCUGUUUUUCUCUUCGAUCGAAAGGUAUUGCGAUACUUCCGGAAGGAUGGACAUAAUUGGAGAAAGAAAAAGGAUGGGAAAACUGUAAAAGAAGCCCAUGAGAAACUGAAGGUCGGAAGUGUUGAUAUGUUGCACUGUUACUAUGCUCAUGGCGAGGAUAAUGAAUACUUCCAAAGACGCAGCUACUGGUUGCUUGAAGAGGAUCUCAUGCACAUAGUUUUUGUACACUAUCUGGAAGUCAAGGGUAAUAAGAUGAACAUCAGCUCUCUUAGAAGCAGUGAUACAGUUGCAUCAAAUUCCGAAAAUAAUAGCUUAUUAUCUUCCAGUUUCCGUGGAACUAGCCCCAGCAGUACCAUGUCAUCAGCAUAUGAAGAUGCUGAAUCAGAAUUCCCUGUGGAGGAUAAUCACCAAGCUAGUUCUAGAUUUCAUUCAUAUGUAGAGUCACCAUUUACAGUCAGAAGUGAUUAUGUUCAAUCAAGCUCGUGUAACCAACUCUCCCUUCCAGACGGUUCGUUGCACCACCCAUCCACAAACCAAAAUUCGAUACCGAGUUUGCCUCGUGAUCAUGGACGUAACUUCUUUGAGGAAAAAUCUCUUCCACUGAAUCAACAGAAUUUCGAGCCAUUUUGCAUCCUUCCUCAUGGGCAGUCUGUGCAAAAGAAUCUUCAAAUGCCUCCUUUAGAUGCAGAGACUGGAAACGCUAUAAAUCCAAGUAUGGAGAAUGUUCUGAGUAUGAUAGAAAAUGAAAACUACUCAAUUCUUAUGAAAAAGCCAUUGAUAAGUGGCUUGCAGAAAGAUGAAAGCCUAAAAAAAGUUGACAGCUUUUCCCGUUGGAUGGCUAAUGAACUUGGAGGAUCUGGUGAACUGAAUUUGCAGUCGGAUAAUGGAAUUUCAUGGAGUAUCAUGGGGAGUGAGUAUGACUCUAAUAUGCCUGGUACAUUGCAAGCGGAUACAGACACACUGAACCCGUCAAUUUCUCAGGACCAACUGUUCAGCAUUAUUGAGUGUUUGCCGAACUAUGCUUAUUCAGACUUGGAAACCAAGGUACUUAUCUCUGGAAUCUUUCUCAAGAGUAAACAAGAGUUGCCAAAAUGCAGAUGGUCAAUUAUGUUUGGUCAAGAGGAGGUUGCAGCUGAAGUUUUAGCAGAUGGAGUUCUUUGUUGCCUGGCGCCACCUCACGAGCCUGGACUUGUCCCAUUCUAUGUAACUUGUUCGAACAGGUUGGCCUGUAGUGAAGUACGAGAAUUUGAAUACAGACCUGCAGCGCACCAUAUGGGUUCUGUUUAUGGCCAUGCUAAUCUUGCAAUUGUCAUGCAUCUUUAUCAGCGAUUUGAGAUGAUAUUGUCCCGUGAACCUACUGCUAGUUGUGUUAAUUUUGUUGGAAAUGACUAUGAGAGACAUAAUAUAGUCAAUAAAAUUGUUUCUAUGAUGGAGGAGGAGAAUAACCAGGAAAUAAAGCUGAUUUCAGACGACACAUCAGUGCGGAAGGGGAGUCCGCAAGUACUCCUUGAGAAGCAGCUAAAGGAGAAGUUUUACUCUUGGCUUGUGCGCCGAGUAACUGAGGAUGGCAAGGGCCCAACAGUUCUUGAUGAAUGGGGUCAAGGUGUUCUGCACUUGUCAGCUGCUCUUGGGUUCAAUUGGGCCCUUCAGCCAAUUAUAAUUUCCGGAAUCAGUAUAGAUUUUCGUGAUGUGAAUGGAUGGACCGCACUUCACUGGGCUGCUUUCUAUGGCAGAGAGGAGACAGUCGCCGCCCUUGUUUCUCUAGGCGCGACUCCCGGGGCCCUAACCGACCCAUCUGCUGAAUGCCCUCUGGCCAGAACCCCUGCUGAUCUGGCCUCUUUGAGUGGGCACAAAGGGAUAUCCGGUUUUCUCGCUGAGUCUUCCCUGACCACCCAACUCUCAAACCUCGGAGUUGAUGAUCAAAGCACAUCAGAGGUUUCAGGAGCCAAAGCAGUACAGACAGUUUCCGAACGUUCGGCACUCUCGACAGGCGAGGGUGACGUGCCGGACGCGCUCUCCCUCAAGGACUCACUUGCAGCCGUCUGUAACGCCACUCAGGCGGCUGCACGCAUACAUCAGAUUUUCCGGAUUCAGUCAUUUCAGAGGAAGCAGUUUGUCGAGAAGGGUGUUGAUGGGCUGCUGGGUCCAGACGAGCGUGCAAUUUCUCUUACUGCCACUAGAGCCUCUGGCUUGGGCCAGUCGGGUCGUACGGCCAAUGCUGCUGCAGUGCGUAUCCAGAAAAAGUUUCGUGGUUGGAAGAAGCGGAAAGAGUUCCUGUUGAUUCGGCAGAAAGUUGUGAAGAUCCAGGCUCACUUCAGGGGGCAUCAGGUCAGGAAGAAAUAUAAACCUAUUAUCUGGUCAGUGGGGAUAAUGGAGAAGGUGAUCCUGCGAUGGAGGCGUAAGCGAAGUGGCUUACGUGGAUUCCGGUCUGAUGCUGUCCCGAAAGUGCCAAACGCACAGGAAACCUUUUCACAGGAAGAUGAUUAUGACUUUCUUAAAGAAGGGAGAAAACAAACUGAAGAGAGGAUGCAAAAAGCACUUUCUAGGGUGAAGUCCAUGACUCAAUACCCUGAAGCUCGAGCUCAGUACCGUAGGCUGUUGACUGCUGCUAAAGACUUCAGAGAAUCUAAGGAGGAGACUUCAGACACGAUUCCAGAAAGCAUUGAAAAUGUAAAUUACCCCGAGGAGGAUUUACUUGAUAUCGAAAGCCUCUUGGAUGACGAUACUUUCAUGUCUUUGGCUUUCGAAUGA